AUGCUGCCCACACGACCAGGCCCGGUCCCUUUAGCAGGCGCCUCUCCCAAUCUCACUCCUGCGUCCGCAAGCGGCCACCCGCCUAUCCGGCGCUUCAGCACCAGCAGCUUCUCCAAGCUCUCCGACUUCCACCUGGACAGCCCGCUCGAGGACCUCGACCUCUCAGCGGGCAUAUCGCCCGUUCCCACCCGCCAGGACAGCUAUUCGGGAGGUCCGAGCCGCCAGAACAGCAGUCUGAGCCUGAACGGGGAACGGAGCGGCGUCAAGGGCGUGCGAUAUGUCGACCUUAGCCUGGACGCGGGGGAAUGGAGACAUCCAGUCUUCAAGCAGAAGGUGUUGGCUAUCCUACGGAAGCUCCGAGUCCCUCUUUGGAACGCUCCGAAUCUCCUCCCAUCCUAUAUCCACCUUCAAAAGGUGUCUGGAGCACUCACGAAUGCCGUCUUCUUUCUAUCGUUCAACCCGUCCCGAAAACCCACAUCCCCCAGCAUGAGCCCCAUGCUCACUCCCACCAUGCCCCCCUCGGACCCCGACCUCCCCCUCCUUCCGGAACAUUACCCCCCUACACUCCUUCUCCGUAUCUAUGGUCCCUCCUCCGACGCUCUCAUCUCGCGCACUGAAGAGCUCCGGAUCCUGCACGUCCUAUCUACGCAAUACGGCCUCGGUCCCAAAGUAUUCGGAACGUUCGAGAACGGUCGAGUCGAGCAAUUCUUCCCUUCCCAAGCGCUCACUGCCGACGAGCUGCGAAUGCCGCUCGUAUCCCGCGGGAUCGCCCGGCGCAUGCGGGAGCUUCACCAUGUCGACCUCAAGGCGCUUGGGUAUGAAGAUGGGGUAGAGGGGGAUCCAAUCGUGUGGAAGUGCUUGACGGACUGGGCGCCUAUAGCGAGUGAGGUCCUGACCACUCUGGGAGGGUAUGGAGGAAGGUGGGAGGUCUGGGUAGAGACGUUCGGCCUGCACAGGCUGGGCGAGGAGAUCAGGGUGUAUAAGGAAUGGGUGGAGAAGAACACUACCAAAGGAUUGGUCUUUUCUCAUAACGACACGCAAUAUGGAAAUCUGCUCAAGCUGGAUGCGGUCCUUCCCAAGGGAAUGCCAGACCACCACCGCUACAUCGUCAUCGACUUUGAAUACGCCGCGCCCAAUCCAAGAGGCUACGACCUCGCCAACCACUUUCACGAAUGGCGCGCCAACUACCACCACCCCACUCUCUCCCACUCACUCCAGCCGCACUUCCCAUACCCCUCCAUGGCCGAGCGCGAGAACUUUUAUCGCGCCUACCUGUCCAUCGCACUCGAAGGGAAAGAGGAGACGAUCCAGAAACGUAAAGAUGUGGAUGCGGACAAGGUGGAGAGGCUCGAGAGGGAGGUGAGGGUCUGGAGUCCGGCGUGCUCGGUGUUUUGGGCGCUGUGGGGGAUUAUCCAGGCGGAGGAGCAUGUGGGCAAGAUGGUGGAUGAUAAAGAAUGGGCGCCGGACUUUGAUUACUUGUCGUACGCCAUGGAGCGUCUGGAGAUGUUUAGGAAGGAAGCACUGGAGCUUGGCGUGCCCCUCCCGCAACCGAAGUAG